UCACCACACAAUACUUUUGAUACAUCAUAGAGAUUCGUGUUGGACGCAGGUGUUCGGCCGCUGAAAAGGAGGAAGAAGCCUCAAAAGAGAGAACAAAGGGGGCUGCCGAGAGCAACACCUGUUUUCCCAGGGUGGAUUCAAUUCGAUAGUGCACCCACCUCGAGUUUCAAGGACGCCUCAAUCGUAUUCAACACGCCGUGAAAUAUGAAUUUAUUCUUGUCCGCUCACCCCCUAGCAGCACUAAACCAAAUGGAGCACUAAAACCGAAAGAAGUUGAAAUGGAAAGUAAUAUUUGCCGGCUCUUCUUUACUUUUCUCAGCCUUUGCUGCCUCUUGCAUUUAGGCACUGCUACAGAAAACCUACCGCAUGAGAUUGGCUGCUAUACCUUCAGAAAUGAACUCAAAGCCAAAUUUUACGAAAUACCUGCCGUGUCGGCUUCAUCGACGGUUGAAAAUUGCUUGAAAAACUGCCUGAACCUGUACUAUGGAUAUGCAAGCUUGAAAAAUGGAGACACCUGCUUUUGCAGCUCAAAUUACGAAGACACUGGACCAGGCAACUGCUCCUCUCACUGCACAAGAAACUCGUCACAGAUUUGUGGAGGGUCAAAUUCCAUCUCUGUUUAUGCCACUGGUCAAUUAGUUCCUGGACCUCCAGAGCUGCGAGUAGUCAAAGUUACCGAAAAAAGCAUCCUAGUAAAUUGGAAGCGUCCUAAAGCAUCAAAUGGACCAAUAACUGGAUACACCAUCUUUUUAAACUACCUUCAAGGUUUCUCCAUACAAAUGCCUCCUAUGGAGUGGGAGUACGCAGGAAACACCUCUAGAGCCCAAUUAGCUCCUCUUCACCCAGGAACUGAGUACAAUUUGUCCAUCAGCGCAAUCUCUGGGCAUGGAGUUGGUGUUCCUGCUGUCAACCAAGUGUGGACAGAAAUUGGAGAGCCAGAUGAACCAGACGUACCCAAGGUGUUAUCGCAGGAUGAAAAUUCCAUAACAAUCGAAAUCACUCCAGCCAAAAAUCGCAAUGGGCCUGUUUCUGCAUACCAAGUGAUCGUAUUAGACGAAACUGUCCCUACAACCUUCAAUGAAUCAACACUCUUUGCUUAUGCCUUAGCCCAAAAAGAGAACAUUCCUUACUAUAUAACUGCAGAACUAAAUCCAAAUAGUUUGGACACAAAAUUUGUUGUCGGGGAUGGCAAAUUCUACGGAGGUUACUACAAUGCUCCUCUUGCGCCUGAGGGCCACUUUCACAUAAGUUUAGCCGUGAUCAGUUUAAAAGACGGAGUCCGCAAAUCCAGUUUUGCACACGCAACUCACGAGCAACACGGAGUCAUUGUCCUUGAUGUUGGGCCAGUUAAAAUGGAUACGACUCCAUCUAUGAUGGUCAUGGUUCUCUCCUUUGCUAUAGCGUUUUUCAGUGUGUUGCUCAUCCUCUCAGUUAUAUUCUACUUUGUUAUGAGGCACAGAGUUCACCAACGACGUCUCCGUUUGCCAGACAACCAAGAGCUAUCAAUACAAGGACCCAUUUUGGAAGUGGAGGGUAAUGGAUACAUCCAUAAUGGCUACAUUCCUGAAGAUGAGGACGAACGCACAAAUCACUUGGAAGUUUUAAAAGCUAAAAUCUGGAGCAUUCCUGUAAACCAUUUGGAAGUAAGAAACGACCUGCUUGGUUCUGGAAAAUAUGGCUCAGUUCUCAAAGGAACUGUUAAUCAUAAAGGUUUUCCUGUCCCAGUUGCAAUUCAUUCAAUUGCUGAUGUCUUGAUGUCAAAGGACGACCGAAAAUCAAUGUUAAAAGAUCUGGACAUGCUGGUACGCCCAGGAACUCAUGACAAUUUGAUUUCUCUCAUCGGAACUUGCGAACAUCCUGAAAUACUCUAUGUGGCCAUUGAACACCACCCAGCGACUUUAAAAGAUGUUCUUCUGGAGUCCCGGAUUCUCGAACAUUCUUCUCCUGAACAGCAAGCUUCCCUAACUCGAUUCUGCUCUUUGUCAGAGCACAGCAUUUUGAACACUUUGUUGGGUAUUGCAGACGGGAUGAAAUUUUUGGAAGGAAAAAAUAUAUUCCACAAGAAACUGUGCGCCAGCCAAGUCAUCAUGGCAGAUGGAGUCAAUCCAAAAAUCAGUGGCCUAGGAUUAUCUGAAUAUUGCAAAACCCAACAGAGCCCACUCGAUUUGACGAGAUGGACAGCCCAGGAGAUUUUCCGCAGUGGGCACUUUACCUCAAAGAGUGAUGUCUGGUCCUUUGCCUGUCUAGCAUGGGAGGCCCUAGCUCUUGGAGGGACGCCAUACCCUGAAAUUGCAAACAGGGAGUUGCCUGCCAGGAUAAUGAGGGGUCUCAUUUUGCCGCAACUUCAGCAUGUGGGAGACGAACUUUACCAGUUGCUCCUGCAGUGCUGGCAAGUUGAUCUUGACGAGAGGCCCUCGUUUGAGCAACUCGUCGAAGCUUUCCACUGCCUUUUGGAUUACCCAAUGCACCAUCUGAGUUUCUCCCUACGGAGUAGUUUUCAAUACGAGCCAUUUUUAUCUGACAUCGAAACCUCCAAAUGACAAAAUGAGCAGGAUAGGAUUCUCAUAAAAUUUUAGGAAAAUCUUCCAGUUGACCUCAAGGAAAUGCUAUGCAAUUUUACGCAUUUUUAAAGCCUUUGUAUAAGACAAGUAUGUAAUGUCAACUCAACAUUCCAGUCUAGAUCUGUAUGCAUGUAUUGAGACACCUCUUAUAAAAAUUAGAAUUAGCGAUAGAAUUAAAAAUAGCAAAAGCAACUAGACAAAAGAAUUAUGACUGAUUUAAGAAGCUGCUGAAACAAAUCAAAUUGCUUUUUGCUCUUGAUUUGUGUUUACAUCAAUUGCAAUGAAUUAUAGCACUAUAAUCAAUUUAUAUUGGAUUUAUUUUUGAGAAUCUUGUUUUAGUUAAGAUCAAAGAUACCACAUUAUUUUUAAAAGUUUUGACCCGUCCAAAUAUGCGUGAUCUUUUUUUAUUUAAUUUACAAAUAUGAUUUGAAUUUAUACAAUGAUGUUAUGUGCAAUGCAGAUUCCUGGUGUCGUGCCACUUAAAGUUUUGCUCAAAUCUUGGAAGCAAAAUUUUAAAUCUUGAAACUUUGUUUAGAAAAAAAUGCGCAGGUAUUUUUGUAUUUAAAUAGCAUGUGCAGAUAUUAAUAAAUAAUUAAGUCACCAUCUUUGU